AUGCACACUCGACUGUCUUUCUGAAGGUUUAUUUCUCACACACACAGUUAGCGGUAGCUAGACAGCAGUUAAACUGGUCAGGUAGUCAGUAAAACUGACAAGUCGUACAGGUUCUGAUGAUAGCAGAUUUACAAAGGCACAUACGAAGGUUAAUAUACAAGAAAAGGGCUUUGAUAAUGCACAUAAAGGCAACAGUGCUUUGAUACCAGUUAUCAAAGCAAAAUAGAAUGAAUUUUUAUUCCACCUGCAUUCAUUUACAUCCAAAUACAACUCAGCCACGAAACAUAUGCUCAUUUUAACCAAAAUGUCACAGCACUCUUAGAGCUGGAGAGAGCAAUGCUGAGCACUAAAGAGCUACUAGAGUGUUGUAAGUCAUUUAUUUUGCUUGGUUUUUCUAUUGACUCAACAUUCAAGAUUGUUAUUUAAUGAGAGUCUGCUAUACUAAUGAAUCUUUGUGUGUACUGCCAGCUGCUGCUGCUGCUGCUGCUGCUCCAUCCUCAGCAUCGUCCUAGUUGUCAGCUGAACCGGGUCGAGCCACGUCAACGAAAACAGGUUUAGUGAAAGUCCACACCUGUUGGAUUGAGAGACCAUGAAUUGCUCUCCAAAAUUGAACGGAACCAUGAAUUUAACCGUUCUCUUUGUGUGUUUUCAGUGUUCCGGCCAUGUUCUGGCCUUGUUAUGUAAUAUUGUGUUUGCAUGAUGGUGUUCCUACUAACCAAUAGGGUUCGUGAAUUGAUUUCCUCAACGUUGAGGUGCCGUCCUUCACUGUCAAUACCACCUGCUGACACUAAAGGGAAACAACACAAGACGCUAGUGGAUGCCCCCGCCGCCACGCCGACAGUGAAGAGACCUGUGCCCCUUCCUGCUGAGCUGCAGUGUAUGGUCAAAGAGCUAGAGAGGACUGUCUCUGCACCAGCCGAGCCCCCUGCCUUGGCUUCCCCACUGGCACAGACAGCAGAUCAGGACAUAAACAGUUGGAGCUGCUCGCAUCAUCAGAAGAUUUGGAUGAGGACAGAACUCCAGUCUCUGGGACUGUGGCCUGGGUUCCAACAUAUGCUCAAGCCAGGGCACGCGCUUUCACUAUGGCGUCUCCCCCCACAGCCUGAACUCAUGGACACGGCGUCAACUCUCCCGUCCCGCAACCUCUUCCAGCUCCAUCCGUUUUUUAUCUGGAAACCUGAGAGUGACAUAAUGGUGAGGCUGAGGGAUAAUUAUGUACUCCCUUGCCUUCAUGGUUGUCCAAAGCCAGACGUUGUCUCAGCCGGUGUGGGAAGGCCGCGAGUGAUUGUCGGCACCAACAGACAAUACUACAUCUUUGCUUCGCGACUUCGCUGCGAGACGUGUAAGCGGAUGUGGUUUGCCGACAGUCCUCGGUGGCUGGACAAACUGCCAAAGCGCUUCACAAACAUUGUGCCAGCAUUCCUGACUUACAAGAAGGCCUUUUGUAAGUCUGUGCUUCAUGAGCUGAGGCGCACUGGCAAGUCGCCUUCUGACAUGGCAAAGCAGGUGAACAAACUGCUGCAUCUCAAGUAUGAACAGGCUCACCUGGCAUACCUCUGCAGCAUUCAGAACACCUGGGACGCCGAGGCUGGCGUUUGUGGGCAGCAAACGCCUGUGAGGAAGGAAGAAGCGCCAUGGUCGUUUGGAGCCUAUGAUGACGCAGAUGGAUGGUGUGGGGUCUCUGUCUCUGCCUCCUACUUAUCAGACUGCCUCACUGAUAUGUGCAAGCUCCAGCAGGGCACUUUUGGACAGGUCUUGCGCUCUGACCACACCAGGAAGGCUGACUCACUGGUUCCCGUGUCUCCCCCCCCUGGCCCGACACCAUCCGCAAACCUGGCCCCGUCCACCCCUGCACCUGUGGCCCAGCUGCCCCAGCUUCAACCUGCUGAGAGCCAUAAUGUACAGCUGAUGUCCCAAGGAAGCACGGGACAUCCAGCUAUAAUGGAAACCUCACCUCUGCCACUGGAGACACAGAAGCUGUGGCAAACUGGGGGAAGUGAGACUGUCCGUGUCCCCGUUGUGGUGCUGCCACCAGCCACUGUCAAUCCAGUCGAUCCGGACCAAGUGCCGCCUGAAAAGCCAUUGGCAGAGGACAAAGUACAGAAAAUGUUACAGGACAUAUUGCAGCAGCAGCAGCAGUUUCAGCAACAGCUACAACAGGUUCAGCUGCUGCGGCAGGAGCAGCAACAAAAGCCCCGGCAGAGCAAAACAUGUCAUGCGUGUGGGCAGCCGAUGUCGCGCCACCAAAAUGAUGGAUCGUCGAUCCAUCAUUUUUACCAACAAGGCCCUACACGCUACCACUACUGCUCCACAAAGGUCUUCCAGAGGUACUCUGCAGAGGGCCUGACAGACUCUAGAAUGCCCUUUGAAGCGUUUGCUCAGACCGCCUUCUUUCAGCGUGAGCUGCAGCUGACAAAGGGCAGAGUGGAGGAAAAGGCUGCCAAGAGGAGGAAACUGAUGGAACCUGUGGCUCCUCAAACGCAGGGGAGAAUGUGCCGCUUCUGCCAUACGGCGCUGAAGCAGAGCCCCCACAGCAAACAUAUCCACACGGGGUUUCCUGGAGUGGCAGGUAAGUACAUUUACUGCCCUCCGAAAGUCCUUAACCUCUACAGACCACAAGGUAUGGUGAAAGAAAUGACAUGGAGGGAAUUCCAGGCCUCACCCUUUUAUGCCAUGGAAAAGGAGAGGUGGACAGUGGAGAGAAAAAAAUAGAACAUGUCGGAUGUAAUCCUCUAACCAUAACCCUAACCACUAACACAAGGAACAGAUUUACAGACUUACAUGUUCUGUACAGGUGGACUCUGUCAUUGGUUGUGGAGAAGGAGUGUCUCAAUUGUGUUGUGUGCACAAUGUUGUUGUUAUGUUUAAUUUUUGAAGGAUAA